GCUGUCGGCGCCGCCUGAUUGGCUGGACUUCCCGGUGAUUGACAGGGCCCCAGACUCCACCCUCGCCACUUUAUUGACACUAAUGAGCAAGUUCUUCCCACCGCUCUCCUGCCUGGAAGUGCUGACAGAUCAAGGCAACAAAUUUCAAUUACAAUCCCUAAUUUGUGUCCGCAGAGUGUUUUUUACCCAUGUUAGUCCUCUCUGGCGCAUCAGUCGAAGCAGAUCUUGGAGCAGCAGGAGGAGGUGGAGGGGGUGGGAACGAAGGAGUGCAUCAGUGAGAGAGCGCGCGCGAGAGACCGAGGGAAGGAAACUUGGCGGGCGCGUCGCUGGCUCCUCGGAUCCCAACACAAGCGAGAAAGAGGAAACGCCAAAUUUGUUUUUGCCCGCGGCAGGGAAGGGGGCAGAUCGGCCUGCGGGAGGCCCCGAGAGUCGUUCAGAUUUUGGUGGGAGAGUAGAGCGAGUGUGUACGUGUGCCCGCUUGAGUGUAUAUGCGUGAGGGGCGGGCGGGCGCCAGGCGGCGGGGAUGGCCGAGAAGCGGAGGGGCUCGCCGUGCAGCAUGCUAAGCCUUAAGGCGCACGCCUUCUCCGUGGAGGCGCUGAUCGGCGCGGAGAAGCAGCAACAGCUUCAGAAGAAGCGACGAAAGCUGGGCGCGGAAGAGGCGGCCGUGGCGGUAGAUGACGGAGGCUGCAGCCGCGGCGGUGGCGCCGGGGAAAAGGGCUCCUCCGAGGGAGACGAAGGCGCUGCACUCCCGCCACCGGCCGGGGCGGCAUCCGGGCCAGCCCGGAGCUGCGCCGACCUGGAACGGAGCUGCGGCUCCCGCGGAGCCGCGGGCGGCUGUGAGGACGGGUUCCUGCAGGGCGCUUCUCCGUUGGCGUCCCCGGGAGGAUCCCCGAAGGGGUCCCCAGCGCCCCCCCUGGCACGGCCGGGGACCCCGCUGCCCUCGCCGCAGGCCCCGCGGGUGGAUCUGCAGGGAGCAGAGCUCUGGAAGCGCUUUCACGAGAUCGGCACGGAGAUGAUCAUCACCAAGGCGGGCAGGCGCAUGUUUCCAGCAAUGAGAGUGAAGAUCUCAGGACUAGAUCCUCACCAGCAAUAUUACAUUGCCAUGGACAUUGUGCCAGUGGACAACAAAAGAUACAGGUAUGUUUACCACAGCUCUAAAUGGAUGGUGGCGGGGAACGCGGACUCCCCUGUGCCGCCACGGGUGUACAUCCAUCCAGACUCGCCUGCCUCAGGAGAGACUUGGAUGAGACAAGUGAUCAGCUUUGACAAGCUGAAGCUCACCAACAAUGAACUGGAUGACCAAGGCCAUAUCAUUCUUCAUUCUAUGCACAAAUACCAACCGCGGGUCCAUGUCAUCCGUAAAGACUGCGGGGAUGAUCUUUCUCCCAUCAAACCUGUUCCAUCUGGAGAGGGAGUAAAGGCAUUCUCCUUUCCAGAAACUGUCUUCACAACGGUUACUGCCUAUCAGAAUCAGCAGAUUACUCGCCUGAAGAUAGAUAGGAAUCCAUUUGCCAAAGGCUUUCGAGACUCUGGGCGUAACAGAAUGGGUUUGGAAGCCCUUGUGGAGUCAUAUGCAUUCUGGAGACCUUCACUACGGACUCUCACCUUUGAAGAUAUCCCUGGAAUUCCCAAGCAAGGAAAUACAAGUUCCUCCACGUUGCUCCAAGGCUCUGGGAAUGGCGUUCCUGCCACCCACCCUCAUCUUUUGUCUGGCUCCCCUUGCUCCUCCCCUGCCUUCCAUCUGGGGCCCAACUCCAGCCAGCUGUGUAGCCUGGCCCCGGCUGACUACUCUGCCUGUGCCCGCUCUGGCCUCACCCUCAACCGAUACAGCACAUCCCUGGCCGAGACCUACAACAGGCUCACCAACCAGAGCGGAGAGACCUUUGCCACGCCCAGGACUCCCUCCUACGUGGGCGUGAGCAGCAGCGCCUCGGUGAACAUGUCCAUGGGUGGCACAGAUGGGGACACUUUCAGCUGCCCACAGACCAGCCUGUCCAUGCAGAUUUCGGGGAUGUCCCCCCAGCUUCAGUACAUCAUGCCUUCACCCUCCAGCAACGCCUUUGCUGCUAACCAGACCCAUCAGGGUUCCUAUAACACGUUCAGGUUACACAGCCCCUGUGCCUUGUAUGGAUAUAAUUUCUCCACAUCCCCCAAACUGGCUGCCAGUCCUGAGAAAAUUGUUUCUUCCCAAGGAAGUUUCUUGGGGUCCUCACCGAGUGGGACCAUGACCGAUCGGCAAAUGUUGCCCCCUGUGGAAGGAGUGCACCUGCUUAGCAGUGGGGGUCAGCAGAGUUUCUUUGACUCUAGGACCCUAGGAAGCUUAACUCUGUCAUCAUCUCAAGUGUCUGCACAUAUGGUGUGAUGAAUCCUGGAAGUUAAAGCAUACUCAGAUUGGUCUAAUGUAUUUCCUUUUUCUUUUUUUCUGAAAGCAAUAUGAAAAGAAACUUAUCAGUAGCUUGUAAGAUUUACAUAUAGUAGGAAAUGAAGGCUCCCUGAGUGUUUCGACUUUCUCAUGGUGAGACUGUGAUUAUCUAUGGUAUAUAUGUAGACCGUACAUAGCACGUGGAGUUUUGCAGCCUGCAAAACUACAUCCUCCCUCUUUUGUCCCCCCUAUUUCAUUUAGUUGCACAGAGUAUUGGCAUAAGUAGUACGCUUAACCCAAAUUCUCCGACUCUUUUAAAAACCAAACACCAUACUUAAAACUUGGCAGUGAUACUAACCAGGCCAAGACUUAUAACUUAAUUUAUCAGAAAAAUGCUCUACACAGUUUCAUACUUGAUUGUUGAUAACUAACAGUAAAACCAGCACCCAGAGUCUUGUGAUUUCUGUUACUCUUGGGCACAGUGUGAGAGCCUAAAAUGCCAAAGCCAGCUGAAGUCUAAGUAUUAGUUCUGAGCUAUCUGUAGUCAUGAAGGAUUAGCUUUUGUGUUCCUGCUUGCUCUUGUCUGUCACAGGUAUGAGAUGAUCUUGGUUCUGUAAAAAUUCUUGACCUAUUAUUAUUUACUUAGGUAAGGUGGAAGAGAGCCUUGUACCUUCUUUCCACUUUCCGCUGGGUAUGUAAGAGGUAUUUAUUCAUCUGCAGAGAAUAAAUGUCCAGUAUUUUGGAUGUUUUGCUCAUUUUAUUUAGUUAAAGUAGACCGUUAAAGAGAGUUCUGUAAACAUUUUUAAAUUCUGGUUUUCACCAGGGAGGGAAUAUAUGAUAUGAGUAGAAUGCCAAAAAGAAAAUAAAUCCACCUCAAAUUCUUUGAUUCCAAUGAGAAAUGUCUAUCUUUUUAAAUCAAGAGGAAUGAUAUUGUCAGCUUUCCCUUACAUUGUUAUAAUGUGGUUUUUCAUUGAGGAUAUUUUUUACAUUUUGUUUUGAGAUCCCUGGCCUGCGGUCUGUAAGGAAAAAGGCAUUUAUGCUACUUAUUUAUGUCUCCCCACUCCUACAAGUUGAAAUCUCCCCUCCUCCUUAACCUUGUUUCUCUGUCUGAGUCUUUCCUGAAACAAAUAGAUUCUAGGCCUUUAUGGUAUUAAAUAACGCUGUAAGGAAUUUCAGGGGGUUAUCUGCAGCAAUCUGUCUUUUGGGGGUUGUAGUGCAAAGGCCAAAGCCCAUUACCAUAAAGACCCUCUUAGAGGACGAAGGAGGGAGAUACUAAUUAUGAUAAAGGAUCUAUAAAACUUUUAACCUCAACAGCAUUUCAGCCUCAAAACCAGAAAAAUGAAAGGUAGAUUAAUUUUUGGAAAAAUCCCUAAAAUAAUGUAUACAUGGUUUAAGAUUUCAAAACAAGUACCUUUGAUAGCACAUUAGGAGAUGACUAGGAAAGGCUAAGAGUGCGUGAUAAGGAGCAUUACCAUAUGUCUGUCGAGAAAUUAAAAAAAUAGUAUGUCUGUUCGUUGACUCAUUACCUUUCAUAUAUUUGUCAAGCUAAAGCAGACUUCCUUUCCAAGCUAAGUGAGAUUUCCUUUCAGUGCUAAACAGAGUUGCCUUAACUCAUCUCUAGUUUAGACGGGGAAAUGGUGUAGCUCUGAUUUGCUUCUUUCCUUUAAAACAGCACGGCUGUUAGAUAUUUAGGCAGAUAACUGUUUGAAAAGUAUUGGCGCAGGAUGUGACUUUUGUUUAUGGAUAUUGAUAAAUAUCCUCGUGGAUUUUUUAACAGCUCAUCAAAUCAGUAUUGAGUUUUACAUUGAAUAUUAGCAUAAAGGGACAUAAAAUACUUCCAGUAGGUCGAUCUAUAGAAGAUGAUUUUGUAUGGUAUUAAUAGCUUGACACAAAUUUGGGAAAAGUCCUCAUGAGCCAUGAGCCAUGAGCCAUGGGAAAAGUCCAUCCCAGCCUCAGUGCUUACUACAAUUCUAGAACAAAAGAGUUGUCUAUCUUGAGAAAACAUGGAAAGUAAUGAUCUGUACUCAUAUGUAUUAAUAGGGAGAGCAUUUUCCUUUUUGCUGUUGGUGAUUUGAAAUGUUACAAAGAUAUGAGUAGAACUUAUUAAUUUUUUUGAUUUAGCAAUAUUGUACAAAUUGCUGUUUCCUUUAGGUUUUACUGUAAAUAUUAAUCACCAUGUCACUUCAAAGACUAGCCUUUUAUCGUUAUGUUAAAUGACAUACAUGCAUUGAUAAUUAUAAUUAUAUAUGUGUAUUUUAUUAAAAAGCGCUUAAGAAAUUAUAUAUUAAAGUGUGUUACUAAACCCUUU